GGACCAAGUCAUAUGAGAAAUCUGUUUACCAAACCUUCCAAAGCGACCUCUAUUGCUGUUAAUAAUAACUACAUAUUUAAAUUUGUGCUGCACAAUGUAAAACACGAUUUGAGAUAGAUAAUAAAAAUACAUUUAUAAAGUAAUAUUUUUUUCAUAAAAUCUGAUACAAAAGGUGACAGGUUUAAAUAUCACCAAUAAUAAAAAUCCAUUGAGUGGUCGAUAAGCAUCGAAAGGGUGGCUUUUUUUUAAUAUUGUUAAGUUAUAAGGCGCACAUAUUUUCGGUUCUGGUCUAUGUGAUAUUUAUAUAAUUGAUGCUUACUUUUUUUAUUUUAGAUACUAGGAAGAUUCGAACUUUGGACCUAUAUGUCAGAUUGUAGUCACUUUUCUGUAUUUAUUUGAACUGUGUAAGACCUAGGUGAUUUGAAUGCACUGAAAUUGCUUGCUGAGUUGCAUACUUCCACACGAUUCCAGCCAAUUCCAGCCUAGAAAAAUAGAAGUGAUAAGUGAUCAGUGGUGAUAAGAACAAAAAAAUGGGGGCAUAAUAAUGUCAACAUUUUAGAUCCAUAUAAGAUUUUCUUAACCUAUAAAAGCCUAUUACUCCAAUCUAAUUAGUUUGAGUAAGACUUAAGUUGGUUUUGCAAUACAAAUAAAUUGUUCUAAAGAUUAUGAUGACUGCUAAAAGUAAUAAUAUGAGAAUUAGUGAAACCAGCUGCAAUGAAAAUAAAGCCACCAGAAAAAGUAAAUAUGAUAUUAGUAGUAUUGUAUUUGAUCAGAUAAAGGACUUACCUGAAGUGUUGGAACUUGUUGCUAAACUUCAGGCAUGUAUAGAAAAGCAGAAAAGAAAACUUGUUAGAUUGAAAAAAAAAUUGUCUCUGGGGAAAACUAAAGAUAAAAUAAAAUUAAAGCAUAUGUAUACACAGACGGACUGUGAUGAGGCAACAAAUAAAUCUAUUGCAGAGGAAAUAACUGAAGCUGCCCAACAGGCCUUGCAAAAGUCAGGUUUUGUAUAUGAAGAAACAUCAGGAAUGUAUUAUGAUUAUAAUUCUGGUUAUUACUAUAAUGCAGAAUAUGGUUUAUAUUAUGAUGGUAACUCAGGGACAUAUUUAAAAUAUAAUCAGGAUACAAAAACUUAUGAUUUCCAUUCACAAGUGGUGCAAAACAUCAGUAUUGAACGUGAUCCUAAAAUAUUGAAAUCUAGGGAGAAGCGUAAGAAUCAGGAUAUAUCACAUGCAAAGAGAACAUGCAGAGUCAAAGGCAGUGAUCAAGAAGUUGAAGAAGGAGAAUGCUCAGAUGGUAGUCUUGUAGUGUUGAGUGAUGAUGAAAAUAGCAACAGUGAUAUUGAUUAUGCAAAGCAAUGGCCUCCAUGCAUGCGAAUUAUUAUUGAAGAAAGUAAUGUAGAAUCUUUGAAGCAAGGAUCACUUCACAUUUUAACUUAUGAAGGCGGUACCUUAGGAAGGGAAGGCGACUCGCACGCUAUCUUGAUACCAGACAUAAAUACAAGUAAACAUCAUCUUAGAUUCAGUUUUGAUCGCGAAAACAAUACAUAUUUGAUAUCGGAUUUGGGAUCUCGUAAUGGCACAUAUUUGAACGGAAAACGGAUAUCGCCGAGCAAAAUGGAAAGCGAUACUUUGCAAGUACCACACGGAAGUCGUUUGCAAGUAGGCAGUGUUGUGAUGCUAUGUCAUGUACAUCAAGGAAACCAAACUUGCGGACAUUGCGAACCGGGAUUAUUGCAAUUCAAAGAUUAUACUCAACAGGAUGUUGUACAAAUAAAUAAAAUAGAUUUGCAUAAGCAGCAAUUAAAUAAAUUGCGUAAAAAAUUUGGAAUUUCUCAAGCGGAACAGGGUAAAAUUAAUCCUGGUUCUGGAUAUACAGAUAGAGCACAAGUUAGAAGGGAUACUGUCGGCAGUCAAAAUCCUCAUGAAAAAACUAAAGUCGCAUCGUUAACUGAAUCUAUUGACAGUGAAAAUAAAGGAUUUAAAAUGUUGGCAAAAAUGGGCUGGAAAGAAGGUCAAUCAUUGGGGAAAGACAAUAAAGGCAGAUUGGAACCUGUUGAAUUAAUUUCAAAUCCUGGGACUUCGGGAGUCGGCAAUAAGAGAAUUACUGUUGAUAUUGACAAGAGCAAAAUAGAAACGUGGACGAAGGUUCAAGAACGUUAUAAUAAAAUUCCAGAAGCAUCCAAUAAUAUAUUUGAUAUUUAAAAUCUAUA